AUGUCAUCAUCAUCAUCAUCCGAUGAAAUCGAUGAAAGAUUGGACGAGGUUCUCGAUGAAAUCGUCGAGGAUGCAUAUAAUGACAUAGUGGAGGCCCAACCGAAUAUGCAAAACACACGGGGUUAUAUUGAACGAGACCGUGAAGGGGGACACACCCGUUUAGUUAAUGACUACUUCAGAGAGAAUGCGACAUACUCGGCACAAUUCAGACGACGUUUCCGCAUGAAUAAGGGUUUAUUCAUGCGUAUUGUCCUUGCCCUCCAGGAGAACUUUGUAUUCUUUCAACAAAGACCAGAUGCAACCGGGAGGUUAGGUCAUUCUCCGCUACAAAAAUGUACGGCGGCUAUUCGACUGCUUGCUUAUGGUACAGGGGCUGACACGGUAGAUGAAUAUCUCCGACUAGCUGAGACCUCAGCACUUUUGUGUUUACAUAAUUUCACUGACGAAAUUAUACAGUUAUUCGGAGACGAGUAUCUACGAGCACCCACACCGGAUGAUCUUCAACGACUACUCGACAUUGGAGAGAAACGAGGGUUUCCUGGGAUGAUCGGGAGCAUCGACUGUACCUUAAACGAUAUUAAUGUCCUCGAUCGAUCUCCUCUUUUUGAUGACAUUUUAGAAGGUCGAGCUCCGCGGGUAAAGUACAUGGUCAACAGACACAUGUAUAAGUUGGCGUACUACCUCACAGACGGUAUAUAUCCAAAAUGGUCAACCUUUAUCCAAUCCAUCUCACUCCUUCAAUCACCAAAACAAGAGUUAUUUGCUAAACAUCAAGAAGCAACCCGAAAAGAUGUGGAGCGGGCUUUUGGAGUAUUACAAGCGCGAUUUGCGAUUGUGAGAAACCCGGCUCUUACGUUGGACAAAGCAAAGAUAGGGAAGAUUAUGAGAGCGUGUAUCAUACUACACAACAUGAUAGUCGAAGAUGAACGGGAUGGAUACAUUCGUUAUGAUAUAUCUGAAUUUGAAGAAGGUGACGUCAUGAGAAGUUCACAGGUGGAAACCGAGAUUCCUACAAUUCUCAAUAAUAUUUUUCCCAGUCGGAAUGAUGUUCGAGAUAGGAGAAUACAUGACCAUCUGAAAAAUGAUUUAGUCGAGCAUAUUUGGAACAAAUUUGGUGACGAGGAUUAA